UGACAGUGCUUUGGUGGCGGACAGUUUUACCAGACGGACCCUCAAAUGUUUACACGUGAGGUUACUGCAGGACUCUGAUCCACACUUCAAGAGGUACACUAACAGAUGUAUUUCUCUCUUAUUGUAAACUACAAAGAUCGCUGCUGAAAAUGGGUAAACUCAGGAAGAAACACAACUGGAAGGGAAGACAGCAGAGUGACUCUCAGCAGCCAGCAGAUGAAGCGAAGACAGAGAUUGUUUUGGAGAUGAAAGAUGGAGACAGGCUGAAAGGUGUAGAUGAGAGCAACGCUUUGGUCCUCCCAGCCAACAAAGCCAAGAAGAAGACAUCCUCAGUGACACCUGUCUCCAGAAAGAGACCCCUCACUAAGAAACAGAAGAAAGAGCUGCAGAAGGUGCUGGAGCGGAAGGAAAAGAAGGCUCAGAGAGCAGACAUCCUGACCAAACUGGCCGAGGUGCAGCUUCCAGAUUCUGAGCUGAAACUGCUCUACACCACAUCCAAACUAGGAACAGGAGACAAACUUUACCAGACUAAACAGUCAUCUGAUGAAAUAAAAGAUGGGGACUCGGGGCCAAAAAUCAGCAGCUUAAGUGGAGCGAACAGAAAAAGAAAGUGGAAAGAAGAAGAAGACGAGGAAGAGGAACAAAAGGCAGAGGAAAUUAGUGACACAGACACCUCGUCUGAUGAAAGUGAUGAAGAGGAACAAAAUCAGACCAUGGAGAGUGAAUCUAAGGAAACCCCAGAUCCUUCUCAGGAGACAGAGAACAAACAGGAAGUGAAGGACGAACAACUCAAAACAGAAGCGGGUGAACAGAAAAAGACUUCAGCUGAGGAGAAAGUCCAAAACAAGACCCCUUCACAGCCAGCCAUAUUUGUUCCUGUUGACAGAGCACCAGAUAUUCAGGAGGCUCGUCUGAAGCUUCCUGUGCUGGGAGAGGAGCAGGUCAUAAUGGAGGCGGUGAGAGAAAGUCCCUGUGUUGUCAUCUGUGGAGAGACGGGAAGUGGAAAGACCACACAAGUUCCUCAGUUUCUGUAUGAAGCUGGCUAUGGCAGUGGCAGUGGUAUAAUAGGCGUCACAGAGCCAAGAAGAGUAGCAGCUGUCAGUAUGUCACACAGAGUGGCUAAGGAGAUGAAUCUGUCCACACGUGUGGUGUCAUACCAGAUUCGAUACGAAGGAAACGUGACCAGUGACACUAAGAUCAAGUUCAUGACGGAUGGUGUUCUGCUGAAGGAGAUUCAGAAGGACUUCCUGCUGCAGAGAUACAGCGCGAUCAUCAUAGACGAGGCCCAUGAAAGGAGCGUGUACACUGACAUCCUCAUCGGACUGCUGUCUCGAAUCGUUCCGCUCAGAGAUAAAAAAGGUUUACCCAUGAAGCUGCUGGUCAUGUCGGCUACUCUGCGAGUGGAAGACUUCACAGACAACACAAAGCUGUUUCCAAUGCCUCCACCUGUCAUUAAGGUGGACGCUCGACAGUUUCCUGUUACUAUACAUUUUAAUAAACGCACCCCGACGGAGGACUACACCGGGGAGGUUUUCCACAAAACCUGCAAGAUCCACCGGAUGCUGCCUCCAGGUGGUAUCCUGGUGUUUCUGACCGGUCAGGCAGAGGUCCACAGUCUGUGCAGAAGACUGAGAAAAGCUUUCCCAUUCAGGAAGGGAAACACAACUACAGGUGAAGAGGAGGAAGCAGACCGCUCAGAGGCACUGAAGAAGUUUAAGAAAGCCAAACAGAAGAAACCAGUCUCUCUGCCCCGUAUCGACCUGGAUAACUACUCUGCCCUCCCGCUGGACGAAGGAGACGAGGACAGAGAGGCAGGGAUCUGGGACGAUAUGUACGAGGAUGACGGCUCUGACGUGGACAUCGGAGAAGAUCCCGCACAUGCAGAGGAGAAAGCCGACCCCUCUAUCCCUCUCUACGUUCUCCCUCUGUACUCUCUGCUGGCUCCGGAGCAGCAGACUAAGGUGUUCAAGCCUCCUCCUCCUGGGACUCGUCUCUGUGUGGUGGCCACCAACGUUGCCGAGACAUCCUUGACCAUCCCUGGAAUCAAAUAUGUGGUGGACUGUGGUCGAGUUAAGAAGCGUUUCUAUGACAGAGUGACCGGGGUGUCUUCUUUCAGGGUCUCAUGGACCUCCCAGGCCUCAGCCAAUCAGAGGGCAGGUAGAGCAGGACGAACAGAGCCAGGACACUGCUACAGGUUGUACUCCUCUGCUGUCUUUGGAGACUUCAGUUUGUUCUCAGAGGCAGAGAUCACUCGCAGACCUGUGGAGGACCUGAUUUUACAGAUGAAGGACCUCAACAUAGAUAAGGUGAUCAAUUUUCCGUUUCCCACAUCUCCCUCUGUCGAGUCUCUGGUUGCAGCAGAGCAGCUGCUGGUCUCAUUGGGAGCUCUGAAAGAGCCGCCUCGCACAGGAAGGGUGAAAGAGAUGGAGAGAGCAAGGUUGAGCUGUCCCAUCACCCCCUUGGGCAGAGCCAUGGCUUCCUUCCCUGUGGCUCCGCGUUAUGCUAAAAUGUUAGCGCUGGGUAAGCAGCAGGAUUGCCUGCCAUAUGUCAUCGCUGUGGUAGCUGCCAUGACAGUCCGAGAGCUUUUUGAAGAUCUGGACAGACCUGCAGGCAGUGAAGAUGAGAGCUCCAAGCUCACCCAGCGACGAGCUCGACUCACCCAAAUGAGGAGGUUGUGGGCUGGGCAAGGAGCCGCACUCCUGCUUGGGGACCUCAUGGUCAUGCUUGGUGCAGUUGGUGCUUGUGAAUUCGCUGGCUGUACCCCAAAGUUUUGUGAGGAUAACGGCCUGAGGUAUAAAGCCAUGGUCGAGAUCAGGAGGCUCCGAGGACAGCUUACCAACGCAGUGAAUGCAGUAUGUCCAGAGGUGGGAGUGUUUGUGAAUCCAAAAAUGGCUCCCCCGACAGAACACCAGGUGGUCUGCUUGCGGCAGAUCGUUCUGGCUGGAUUGGGAGACCACCUAGCGAGGCGUGCACACGCCGAAGAUAUUCUGGACCCGAAAUGGAAAAGCGGAUACAAGACGCCUCUCAUGGAUGAGCCGGUGUUCAUCCAUCCCUCCUCUGCCCUGUUCAAAACGCUGCCAGAUUUUGUGGUCUACCAGGAGGUCAUGGAGACUACCAAGAUGUACAUGAAGGGUGUGUCAGCAGUAGACGCUGAGUGGGUCCCCCAGCUUCUGCCUCAGUAUUGUCAUUUCAACCCUCCACUAGAGACACCUUCACCGUGGUUCUGCUCUUCCACCGGCACCAUCAGGUGUAACCGUUCCAGCACCUUUUUCCGUGUUGGGUGGCCACUGCCAGCAGUGGAGAAGGAAUAUCCAGAUGGCCUGGAGCGUUACAAACUGUUUUCAAAGUUUCUGCUCGAGGGACAGGUUUGUCCUAAACUUAAGAAAAACAGCACCCACCUUCUAUCAAACCCUUCAAUCAUGCUGAAAACAUGGGCAAAACUGCAGCCCAGGACCGAGGCUGUGCUGGGAGCGCUGGUGUCAAAGGGAGUGGAUUGCAGAGACGCUCUCCUUGCUGUCUGGAAAACUGAGGAGAAAUUUCUGCUGUCUGCAUACUGCCAGUGGUUACCUGAAGCCAUGCAUCAAGAAGUGGCCAAAAGUUGGCCUCCGAUGUGAGGGCAGACUUUUGAAAAGAAGGAAGAGACACUUUUGGCACACUCAAAAUGUAACACCACCACAACAACCCAGGCUUUUCUGAUGUUUUUAUUUUAUAUAAUGUAUCUAUGACUUGUACAGAUUUUGUGUCAGACAGAAAAAAACACAACUUGAGCUCUAAAAUGAUUUUUAACCUGUUAACACUGUGGUGCUGCCAGUGAUGCUUGUCUUAUUGGUCUUCAUAAGACUCAUUAAAACUGUGUGGCUCUGAA